CAAAUUUUCAAUGUGAUGCUUUUAACAGUUUUAGUUAUUUAUGGUCAUUUUUAAAAAUUCAAAAUAUGACAUAUACAUAAUAUAAAAUUUUAUUAUAUGGUAAUGUGGUUGUUCAAUUUAUUAUAAUAACUUCAAAUUAAAAAAUGAUAGAGGAUACACUAAUUUUUAUCAAAUCUCUAUUAUUCAAAAUCAUUAUUUUUCAUAUAUAUUUUAACCACAUUAGACAAUUUCAUAAUUUUAUUUAGGGAAAGGAUGAAAAAUUUAUUAUAUAUUUAGAUAAACCAACUUAUUUUUUGAAGGAUUCUAAGAAUCAUUGUGCUGAUGACACAUGGUUACCUCAAAUGUUAUAAUGCUUCUCUUUUAAUAUAUAAGAGAUUUAUUACAGUUUCUUGUAUUUUAUAAUUGACUAACAAAAUUUUCCUGGUCAAAGAACUUUCAUUCCCUAUUUAAUACUAAUUUACUUUAUAAAGUUUCAUAAUUUUACCAAAAAAGGUUUCAUAAUAUAUAGUAACAUAGUGCCAGUCAAACAUCUAUCCAUAUUUUCUUUAUUUAGAAUACAUAUUACCAAAAACAAACAAAUUAAACUUAAUUAUAAUUAUAAUUUUCUAUUCAUUCCUUGACAUCUUAAUAUGUAUAUAUAUAAUAGAGCAUUUCUAAACACAACAAAAACAAAAAUGUCAAAAGGAAUUAGGAUGGCUCUAGUUAUGAAUCUCUUAUCUCUUCUAUUUUCAGGAGUCUUAGUUCAUUCCGGUCAAAGUACUGUACCUCUCAAAUCCUUCAAGAUAGGUGAAAAUGUAACAUAUGAUUGCAUAGAUAUUCAUCUGCAACCAGGACUUGAUCAUCCCUUACUCAAAUACCAUAGGAUUCAGAUGAACCCAUCAAUUUCAAGACCAGAAUUAAAAAGUCAAAUUGGCAUAAACAAAGUACAAAAACAGAAAAUACCAUGUCCAGAUGGAACAAUUCCUGUAUGGAGAAAUAAAAAAGAAUGCACCACCAACGCUCAAGUUUUGGCGGAGAACCAUGUUCAUUCUCUAUCACCUGAUAGUCCUGGAACACAUCUUGCUGGAGUAAGGUCACAGAAUGGUCCAUUUCGUGGGGUAGAAGCUUGGUUUAAAAUGUUUAAGCUAGACAUCGCAAACGAUCAAGCCUCAUAUGGUCAAAUAUAUAUAGGCAGUGGAUCCAAUACCGAGGUCAAUUUUAUUUCAGCGGGUUGGAUGAUAAAUCCAAGCUUUUUUGGUGACAGCCGUACUUGGACAUAUGGAUUUUGGAAGGGUAAAGAUGGAAAAGGAUGUUACAAUACAGCAUGUUCAGGGUUUGUUCAAGUUUCGCAGACGUUUCCCAUAGUUCAACCCAUUGAUUUUCCGGCUGGCCAGUCUCUCUGGUUGCAUUACUCCAUCCAUGAGGACAAAAAUACAGGAAACUGGUGGCUUACAGAACUGGGGUCAGGUGAACCCAACAUCGAUAUUGGAUAUUGGCCAAAAGAGCUAUUUAACCUUUUAGACAAUGGUGCAAAUAUGGUUGGAGCUGGUGGUGUGGUUCAGGCUUCAAGUUCUGGUUCAAGCCCUGAGAUGGGUAAUGGUCGAUUUCCAAAUGCUGAUCACCCCAGGGAUUCAGGAAUUUUCACAAAUGUUGAAGUUAUGGAUUCCAAUUAUGUGCAGCAUAAAAUGAAUUAUUUUCCAACAGAAGUGGUUCUAGAUAGUCCCAAAUGCUAUCGGCUAACAAUUGGUAAGACAUUUAUAUUCCGACCCAAUCGACUUGGUUUCUAUUUUAAUUAUGGUGGUCCGGGAGGAAACUCUUGUGGAGUUUGAUAUUUUCAAGUGUAAUAUUGAAAUUUGAAUUUAAAUAAAUAUUAAUAAUAUAUUAAUAAAAUGCAAAGAGUUAUAAUUA